UUAUUUACAUUAAUCUUUUCUUUACCGAGUACCUAGAGCUAUCUGGUUGUAUAUUAUUGAUCCUGAUCGAUAUUAUUAACUUUGUCCAUACUAACUGCUUUGACUUUACAUCUCGCAUUCACAACGUUGUGUGUCUGCUCUUACAAACACAAAUAAGACACAGGCACGGCCCUAAAUGUUAAGCAUGCUUCUAAAUUUGUGGUACCUCACCUACAGCUGGUAACGUCUUGAUAUGAGUGAAAAAUUCUCGUAAAACAAAUACCAACCACAAAUGCUCUGCCUUUGUUUUCUGUUGCAAUGCACGUUAUUUCUGGCAGGGACCAUAGCUCAGGAAGUCAGACGCAAACUCUGAAGGAACUGAUAAAGAUACUGGAAUAAGAAUGGAAUGACUUUCAAGGAUGUGUUCUUACAUGGCCUCUCUGUGUCACAGUGUUAAGUGUAGAUAUAGGUCAUGCUUGGCGCUGUUUUAAUUUUUUUUAUCAUGGUUAGUGCACAUUGAAUUUAUCUUUAUGUAUAUUAUCAUGAAAGAGAAUGGUAUCUUGUCAUUACCACUAAAAUUUCCUGUGAUUACAUGUAUGUCUUUUGAUAAGUUAACAACUAACAACAAAUUGAACUGAUUUAACAAGUUUCUGUUUUGCUAAGUAUAUGUAUCAUCUUUUCUUGUACCGUUUGUUGGAACCUUUGAAAUGUUUGUCGUCAGUUGUUGCUAUAUAUUACCAAAUUUAGUUUAAGAGCAUCAAGAAAACUCAAGGCAUUUCCGACCCAGAGUCAUGCAUGUGCAUAUUGGAACGAGAAGAUGAAAUAACGUACAGUGAUCGAUCUCAUAAAUCCUUUCAAGAAAAAAUACCCCGAAUUGAGAGCAGGGCAAACACGGGCCUAUGGUGAUAGCAGGUGCCAAGGAGAAGUAAACCUCCACAGUUGACAGGUCACACCCGCUGUGAAUCCUGGAUGUUAAUCAGGUAAAUGGUUUAAUCAGUAAUCCAAAUCAAUCUGUAAAGAAGAGUUCCUAGCAUUUCACAUUUUCCCUGCAUUUAGGAAUAGUUUACUUUACUUCACAUUAUCGUACCGUUCCAAAUAUAUAUAAAUAUUUAGAACCGAGAAAGAGAUUUAGUAUAUAUGAUGCAGGAUAGUCGUAAAGUGAUCUGCAUUUAUAUCUUUCCAACUGUUUCAUAUCAGGAGACAGUUGAUAAAAAUGGUAUUCAUUUAAGAAAUGAAUUUCAUUUAUGAAAAUGCAUAAAAGAAUAAACUGCGACGCUUAGUGAUUCAUGGAAAGUAUUGCGGCGUGAAGCGUUGGCAGUUCAUACCCUCAGGUAUUUUCAAAACGAAAUGUAUUUCUUAUGUAUAGACGUAUUUACAUUUUACAUUCAUUUCUGUUGGAAUUUCCAACCGCUAAAGUAGACGUACUACAUUGAUCAUACCUACAUUUAUGUUCCUUAUUUCUCUUGCCAAGCGACUGAACUUGUUUUUUGUUAAAAGCAGCCAAACAACACGUAACACCACGUAGAAGUGAAAAGUAAAUAACGAAAAGUAGUAAAAUAUAGUUAACAUGUAAAAAAAUAGGGAUCAGAAAGGGGGACUUAAAUAAAGAGUAUUACACAUUUUAGGUACAAUCUUACCCCCCGCACCAUAAUGGCAUUGCAACAAGAUGUACAUAGGAAAAAGGGGGGUCAUAAGAAUUGUACAGUAUAUAUGUAUCUUAGGUUGACCCCUCAUAAACCCAAUACAAUUCCAAAACAGACAAAAAUGCCAUAAACAGUUGUCUGCCAUCAAAAAAGGGUGCGCGUUAAAAUAGACGUACUAUAUCAAGAUUUAUCAUUAAUACGUACAUUGUUCACAAAUGCAUAGCAUUAAUGAGGAAAUGGCUUUUACAAACUUCGUUCUACAAUUACUUUGAUACAAUAUAUAUCAUUUCUAAGUAUAACUUCAUAUAAAAAUUCGAACGUUUGAAUAAGUUUCAAUAAAAUGCACUGAAUAAAUAAUUAUGUCGUAUAAUUAUCCAUUAUUCUAUAAUAAAACGAAACAGAGUGGCAGCAUGCAUGUACUAUUAACCCCAAUGGAAUGUUGCUAGCGAAAAUUUUCAUAGCGUAUACGUCUUAUCGUCCAGGAAAACGAUUCGGUGAGGAGGAAUACGAUUCAUAUUCCACCUCUUAUGUGUUAAUGAAAUCGGUUCUUCUAUAUUCAAGCAGUCUUUAUUUUUUUUAUUGUGACAUCAUCAUUCUAGUCAAAUUGUGACAAUAUAGUUACCAUGAAAAACCAUAUUGGUCGCAUGAUGUAAAGCAAGUUCUAUUAUAUUUAUGUUUCCUUUGUUGUGAUCAUAUCAAACCGCACGUGAUGAAGAAUUCUCCUUAAACACAUGCCAUACAGAUACUUCUUACAUUGGUAUCCAGAUCAAUAGUGAAUUUAUUUUCAGAGUAUUUUCCAGAUAUGGUAACACGUCUACUGAUUCAUCUUCUCAUUCAGGCUUAUUUUCCACCCACAACAUAUACGCAAGUCUUUGUUGUAUAUGAAUUCAUACUUAAAUUACCCAAUAGUACUUUAUAAUGUUACAAGAUCUCCUUUAACAAAGUAUAUCAUGUUAUUUCAAGGAAGAACCAAAUGCUUCCAAAAUGUAGACCUGAUUUCAUGUGGUUGAAAGAUACCGGGAGGUGUGUUGAUUGUCCGUUGGGUUGCUAUGGACCAGAAUGUAUCUACAAGUGCCCUUAUCCAUCAUUUGGUCGUCGUUGUUUGGACGGAGUCUGUAACUGUUCACGAGAGAUCUGUAAUAUCUCUACAGCGUGUAUAUCAGUUGAGGCUAAAGAUUCUACAAUUUUGACCACGCAAUUAGGAAACUCUUUUCAACCCAGAGGUCAUAGUAAUAACAAGGACAGCACAAUUAAUGAGGAUUCUGGUAUUCUGCUUACUAACUUUCCAACCACUGAUUUUACCAAAGGCAGAAGAGAGGAGGUAAAACCCAACCUCAGGAACUCUGAUCGUAACAUAAAAUCCGAAGACGGUUUUUAUGAAAAGCCAAGGAAACACAGACAUACAAACUAUGUGUCAGUCAUUCUUAUUACGUUCUUCGGAACCUCGGUGUCAGUUCUGUUGAUUGUUGCCGUGGAAUACCAGAUUUGGUCCAAAAUGUACAGAAAUCGUGAACAAAAACCAAGACAUCUGUCCGUUACUUCUGACCCAGAGCAAAGAGGAAUAUACAAUGAAAUCAGCAAUGUAAAGAACUAGCCAACCAGUGUCUUAAGUACAUGUAUAAGAAUAGUCAAUAUAACGGAAGUAACUAAACUACAGAAGUAAAUAUUCUGUCACGAUGUAUUCUGAGGUAGUGAGCAGCACUUAAUGAUAUGUUAAAUAUAUUUAGGACCAUAGGAUACUAUUAUCAAUAUUAGUUUAAUAAAAGAUAAUUAUAAUUC